AUGUCUAAUGCAGCACAGGGCUCUGUGGACUGCCCCACUCUGGAAUUUGAGUAUGGAGAUGCAGAUGGGCACGCAGCAGAGUUGUCAGAAUUGUAUAGCUACACUGAAAACCUGGAAUUCACCACUAACAGGAGGUGCUUUGAAGAAGAUUUCAAGACUCAAGUACAGGGCAAGGAAUGGCUGGAGUUGGAGGAAGAUGCCCAGAAGGCCUAUGUGAUGGGACUCCUGGACCGCCUGGAGGUGGUCAGUAGAGAGCGGCGACUGAAGGUGGCCCGAGCUGUUCUCUACCUGGCCCAAGGCACCUUUGGGGAAUGUGAUUCAGAGGUCGAUGUGCUACACUGGUCCAGAUACAACUGCUUCCUGCUCUAUCAGAUGGGGACCUUCUCAGCCUUCCUGGAGCUACUCCACAUGGAAAUCGACAACAGCCAGGCCUGUAGCAGUGCUGUUCGAAAACCAGCCAUCUCCAUUGCUGAUAGCACAGAGCUCCGGGUGCUGCUGAGUGUCCUGUACCUACUGGUGGAAAAUAUCCGCCUGGAGCGAGAAACAGACUCCUGUGGGUGGAGGACGGCCAGGGAGACCUUCCGCACUGAAUUGAGCUUCUCCAUGCAUAAUGAGGAGCCUUUUGCCCUUCUGCUUUUCUCCAUGGUUACCAAGUUCUGUAGUGGCCUGGCUCCCCACUUCCCCAUAAAGAAGGUCCUGCUUCUGCUUUGGAAGGUGGUCAUGUUUACCCUCGGUGGAUUUGAGCAUCUACAGGCUCUCAAAGUACAGAAGCGGGCAGAAUUGGGCCUGCCGCCACUGGCUGAGGACAGUAUCCAGGUGGUGAAGAGCAUGCGUGCCGCCUCCCCUCCCUCUUACACUCUGGACCUGGGGGAGUCUCAGCUGGCACCACCACCCUCCAAGUUGCGAGGCCGCCGUGGUUCUCGAAGGCAACUCCUUACUAAGCAAGACAGCCUGGACAUUUACAAUGAAAGAGAUCUCUUUAAGACUGAGGAACCAGCCACAGAAGAGGAAGAGGAGUCUGCUGGCGAUGGAGAACGAACCUUGGACGGAGAGUUAGACCUGCUAGAACAGGACCCUCUGGUACCACCUCCACUUUCACAGGCAACCCUCUCUGCUGAGCGGGUGGCUUUUCCCAAGGGCCUACCCUGGGCCCCAAAGGUCAGGCAGAAGGACAUUGAGCACUUCUUGGAGCUAAGCAGGAACAAGUUCAUCGGAUUCACUCUGGGGCAGGACACAGAUACCUUGGUUGGAUUACCCAGGCCCAUCCAUGAGAGUGUGAAGACCCUAAAGCAGCACAAAUACGUCUCCAUCGCAGAUGUUCAGAUCAAGAAUGAGGAGGAGCUGGAGAAGUGCCCCAUGUCUUUGGGGGAAGAGGUAGUGCCAGAGACGCCAUGUGAAAUCCUCUACCAGGGCAUGCUGUAUAGCCUCCCCCAGUACAUGAUUGCUCUGCUUAAGAUUCUGCUGGCUGCAGCUCCCACCUCCAAGGCUAAGACAGACUCUAUCAAUAUUCUGGCAGAUGUCCUGCCUGAGGAGAUGCCUGUCACUGUUCUCCAGAGCAUGAAGCUGGGCAUUGAUGUGAACAGGCACAAGGAGAUCAUUGUAAAGAGUAUUUCUGCCCUGCUCCUGCUGCUCCUCAAGCACUUCAAACUGAACCACAUCUACCAGUUUGAAUAUGUAUCACAACAUUUGGUAUUUGCCAACUGCAUUCCAUUGAUCCUGAAAUUCUUCAAUCAAAAUAUUUUGUCCUACAUCACUGCUAAAAACAGCAUCUCGGUCCUGGAUUACCCUUGCUGUACCAUCCAGGAUUUGCCAGAACUUACUACAGAGAGUCUGGAAGCUGGAGACAACAACCAGUUCUGCUGGAGGAACCUCUUUUCCUGCAUCAACCUUCUGAGGCUGCUCAAUAAACUGACCAAAUGGAAGCAUUCCAGAACCAUGAUGCUGGUGGUGUUUAAAUCUGCUCCAAUCUUAAAGCGGGCCCUCAAGGUCAAACAGGCCAUGCUGCAACUUUAUGUCCUGAAGCUGCUAAAAAUACAGACCAAGUACCUGGGGCGCCAGUGGAGGAAAAGCAACAUGAAAACCAUGUCAGCCAUUUACCAGAAAGUGCGCCACCGUAUGAAUGAUGACUGGGCUUACGGGAAUGACAUCGAUGCCAGGCCAUGGGACUUCCAGGCAGAAGAAUGCACCUUGAGGGCCAACAUUGAGGCUUUUAAUAGCCGCCGGUAUGACAGGCCUCAGGACUCGGAGUUUUCACCUGUGGAUAACUGCCUGCAGAGUGUGCUGGGGCAGAGGCUGGAUCUGCCUGAGGAUUUCCACUGUUCCUAUGAGAUCUGGCUGGAAAGAGAGGUGUUUUCACAGCCCAUCUGCUGGGAAGAGCUGCUCCAGAAUCACUAAGCUCUUGUCAACAAGCAUCUGCUAGAUGGGGGUUGGCUCCGAUAAAUGGUGCUCUGCCCGCCCUGCUCAUUCAGCCUUCGCUUCCAGUUCUAGAAAUGCUUGUCCAGGGGAGAGCGGCCCAGUCCAAGGACAUCCAGUGGGUUCAGGGUGACCUGUAGACAGUGCAAGGCAGGAUCCUGAAUCACAGAAACUUGAUGAACUCACUCUGGGGUCAUUUGGAUGCCAGGUGACCUUGGAAAUCUCCCGUUGGAUCAGUCCUUCACAUGCUCUUUUGUGGGACCGCUCUCUGCUUAGUUUUACCUAGAACCAGCCUGGCCUUUGCUGGCCCUAAGUGUGCAAAUAAGUUUAUGAUGGCAUUUGGUCCAUGGCAUUCAUCAUGGUAAUGAGAGGUGCAUGUCAUAAAAGAGGGAGAACAUUUUCUUCUUGCUCACCCUGUAUUCCUAGGACUUACCAGAGGUUUGGCAAAACCAACUUUGAAAUUAAGUUGUUUUUUUUAUUUAAAAUUUUGACACUAGUCCUGGCCAGUGUGGCUCAGUUGGUUAAAGG